AUGAACCAGAUCUCCAAGGCUCCUCAGAUGGAACUCAGCUCGGAUAAGUCCUCGUCCUCCGCUCCAACAGGUGGCAGUGUUACUCAGAACCUCAAGGACAAGCACAACCGCAUCGGUGUCGAGAAAAAGUCGACCUCUGAUCUGCUGCUGUCCUUGUUCGUCUACAAGAUGUGCACUUUCAACCUGCUGGUUGAUCUGACCCCUAAGCUGAUCCGCUUGGCCGAGAUGAUGCAUCUGAGUGCUCCUGCAUACUGGAUCGGGCGAAAGACCUUCUUUGCCCAGUUCUGUGGUGGCGAGACUGCAGAAGACUGCAUUGGAACCAUGAACUCGUUCAAGAACGCAGGAAUCAAUUCUAUUCUGGAUCUGUCGAUUGAGUUUGACUUAAACGAGUCUGACCUGACCAGCCAGACAUCUUUCGACAUUCGUGCGCGAUGCAAUAAGAGCGCAGACGACAUUGCGAACCAGAUUAGUGCCUGCAUCGAGACUGCCUCCAACGUAUCAAGGUCGUUUGCCGCCAUCAAGGUCACUGCCAUAAGCUCGCCUUUGCUCCUUCAACAGGUUUCUUCGACGCUUAACACUCUUCAGAGCACAUUCAAGAACAUGGAUCAGGAUCGUGAUGGAAAGAUCACAAAGGAAGAAUUCAGGCAGCUACUCAAAUUGUUCCCCAGCCCUGGAGGAAUGUACGGUUCCUUCGAGGCCGUUGCCGACCAGUUGUUUAAAGAGGCCGACAAGGAUCAGAAUGGUCACGUUGACUGGGUGGACUUCACGAGUACCGUUUCAUUGAACCGCGACGAGACCCGCGCUUUGUUCGCUUCCACUCAUGCUGGUGACGAGUCCGCUACCGUCAUUUCUGGCCUUGCAAAGGAGGAUCUGGAUGACUACAGCUAUUUUCAGCCUGCGAUCGACAAUGUGGCCCUACAUCUUAUGGAGCAAUACAACCAUACCCCUCAUGCCGAUGGACCCUUAAUCUACAACACCUACCAAAUGUACCUCAAGGAUGCGCUGACCCGUCUCCAGCAAGACUAUACCCGUGCUCAAAGAAAUGAUUACAUCAUGGCAGCAAAGUUAGUUCGCGGUGCGUACAUGGUCAGUGAGCGCAAGGGAGCGCAGGAGCUGGGUCUCGGCGAUCCGAUCUGCAAUGGAAUCGAGGCCACCCACAAGUCGUACAAUGCCGGCGUCGAUUUCAUGCUGGGACAAAUGGCCAGUAAACUCAAGGCGAACCAAGGCAAGAGUGAGUCGCAGAGCGAGGGAUCAUCACCAUCAACACUUUCGCUUCAGAACUCCCCUGUGGUCCUGUUUGUAGCCUCACACAACGGGGGUUCGGUGAUCCGCACCUGCGAGCGCAUGGAGGAACUGAGCCUGACUCCUCAGUCUGGUCUUGUCAUGUUUGGUCAGCUGAUGGGUAUGUGCGACCAGAUCUCGUACACUCUUGGACGUCAUGGCUAUGACAUUUACAAGAACGUCCCAUAUGGACCCAUCCACCGCGUUAUUCCGUACCUCAUCCGUCGUGCCCAGGAAAAUUCCUCCGUAUUGGGAGGCGUUGCUGUGGAGCGAAACCUUUUCGUGGAGGAGCUCAAGUCACGGUUCAUUGCUCAGAAAUCUCGGGCGCUAAUCCAGGCUGUGCCUGUUGUGCCUGCAGGCCCUACCACCACCUUGUAA